AUGGCGUGGGAGGAAAAGAGUUCGUUUCUUAUCAGUAAACUUGAAGAGGGUGAAAUUCCUCCCUCGGUCCCCCAAUUCGCACCCACUCGUGUAACCUCUCGGAGCGACGUCAUUACUUUCUGUGACGUAAGUUUUCCGGCCUUGUCUAACGGGGGUCGUGAUACUGUACGGGGCUUUAUACAGACGUUACGAUCAAUAAUUUCCUUUGCUUUCAAGAUGAAGCUGUCUAUAGCAUUAAUCUUUUUAUCUGGAUUGGCCCUUUCAUUAUCUGCAUCUAGAUCCAAACGAGCAGCCUAUGAACUUCCGGACGGUGCAGAGCUUAUUGUUGGACCUAUAAGAACAACUUUUGUAUGCAGUAAUGAGGGAUAUUAUGCCGACAUCGAGAAUAACUGUCAGAUCUUCCAUAUCUGCCACACCGCCGUCCACGCUGAUGGCACUUCUGAAAUGCAACACUGGUCUUUCCUGUGCGGCAACCAGACUGUGUUCAAUCAGUAUUCCUUCACUUGCUCUAAUUUCGAGGAUUCCAUUCCAUGCGCAAGAUCAGGCGAUUUCUUCUAUCUGAAUGCCAAUCUACAUAUUGGGUCUGAUGUACCUCUUCACAAUGAUCAAGAUGCUGCCAAUGCAGUUUCUAUGAUCCCUGGAAGACCAGUUCAACCACCUGUGGCGGGUCCACCAGCAGGAGGAUUCAGAGGAUGA